CUGGUGAUAAAAAAAGGCGAGCUGUCCCGGAAGAUGCGGGACAUUGACCGGGAGCUGAGCAACAUCAUGGAUCCAUUGACUGUCCUCCAGGAAUCAGGCAUAGGUGACUUGUGUGACACCAAUCAGAGAGAUGAUGAGGACAGAGGGAGACAGGAAGUCGGUGACCUUGAUGUGGCUGGGAUCUCCCACACAUUACACACAGGUGUAUCCCAUAUAACAGGGGUAACAGUAUGUUUCUAUGUACAGGAACCUGCAGACAUAUCGCUGGACAUAAACACGGCCCAUAAUGAUCUCCAUAUAUCAGAAGACCUGAAAACCGCAUCCUAUUUACCACACCAGAAUCGCCCCAAAACACCGGAGAGGUUUCAAGAUUAUACUCAGGUGUUAAGCAGUCAGAGUUUCUCCUCAGGGCGACAUUACUGGGAAGUGGAUGUCGGAGGGUCAGAGUUUUGGAGUAUUGGGAUGUGUUACCCCAGUAUAGACCGGGGAGGGUACCAGUCCCAGAUUGAUUGUAAUGAGAAGGCCUGGUGUUUGCGCAGAAAUUCCGAUCGGUAUUGUGUAAUACAUGACAGCACCAGGAGCCGGGUACCUAACAAUAUGUCCACUGACCGAGUCAGGAUAUAUCUGGAUUAUGAGGCCGGGCAGAUCUCCUUUUAUGCCCUGUGUGAGCCGAUCCAACACCUCCACACUUUUACCGCCACCUUCACCGAGCCUCUCGGCGCAGCAUUACGUAUAUGGAAUGGUUGUAUAAAGAUGUCCGGCAGGAAUCGGGAGAUGUGAGAAAUGAUCAGAAUAAGAGAUGUCUGCA